CGCGCGAGACUUGGGUCAGGCCGGGGGGCGGGAAGGGAGCCCGAGACACAACAAACAUGGCGGUGGCAGCUGCGACGCUGACGAAGACUGAGGCGGCCGCGGCGAACCUGGCAGUGGGGGUUCUUCGGUGCAGUGGUCAGGAGACCUCUGUGUGGCUUUUGAAUUUUAGUUGAAAUUCUCUCCAUGGCCUUUUGGAGUCCUUUGGUGUGUCUCCAGAGUAAAUUUCAACUAUUCGACAUUUCAUCCAUGUUGAGGUGCCAAGAAAAAAGUGGAACUAAUUUGGGGUGAAAAGGCAUAACAAAACUUUAUCCUAAAAAAAAGGAAAGGAAACCGCAAAAAUGGGUGAAAAGAAACCAGAGCCUUUGGACUUCGUGAAAGAUUUUCAGGAAUACCUGACUCAGCAGACCCAUCAUGUGAACAUGAUUUCUGGAUCAGUUAGUGGGGACAAAGAAGCAGAGACUCUUCAGGGAGCUGGAACAGAUGGUGAUCAGAAUGGACUCGAUCACCCAUCUGUUGAAGUUUCCCUGGAUGAAAACUCAGGAAUGUUAGUAGACGGGUUUGAAAGGACCUUUGAUGGGAAGCUCAAGUGUCGGUACUGCAACUAUGCCAGCAAAGGGACAGCACGGCUUAUCGAGCACAUUAGGAUUCACACAGGUGAGAAACCUCAUAGAUGUCACCUAUGUCCAUUUGCAUCUGCGUAUGAGCGUCAUCUGGAGGCACAUAUGCGUUCCCAUACUGGAGAAAAACCGUACAAAUGUGAAUUAUGUUCCUUCCGCUGCAGUGAUCGAAGUAACCUGUCCCACCAUCGAAGGCGCAAGCAUAAAAUGGUACCAAUUAAAGGUACUAGGUCUUCCUUAAGCAGCAAGAAAAUGUGGGGGGUUUUACAGAAGAAAACAAGCAACCUGGGGUAUAGCAGAAGAGCACUGAUCAACUUAAGUCCGCCUUCCAUGGUGGUCCAGAAGCCAGACUACCUUAAUGAUUUUACCCAUGAAAUCCCAAAUAUUCAGACUGACUCCUAUGAAACUAUGACAAAAACCACACCAACUGGUGGUCUGCCAAGGGACCCCCAAGAACUCCUGGUUGACAACCCUUUGAAUCAGCUCUCCACUCUAGCGGGACAGUUGUCCAGCUUGCCACCUGAAAACCAAAACCCCGCCUCCCCCGAUGUGGUUCCCUGCCCAGAUGAAAAGCCUUUCAUGAUUCAGCAGCCAUCUGCCCAAGCAGUAGUCUCUGCCGUGUCAGCAAGUAUUCCUCAGAGUUCCCCCACAAGCCCAGAACCUCGGCCAUCGCAUAGUCAGAGGAACUACAGCCCAGUGGCAGGGCCAAGCAGCGAACCAAGUGCCCACACCAGUACCCCCAGCAUAGGAAACAGCCAGCCAAGCACUCCAGCUCCAACCCUGCCAGUCCAGGAUCCUCAGCUUCUGCACCACUGCCAGCACUGUGACAUGUACUUUGCAGACAAUAUCCUUUACACUAUUCACAUGGGAUGCCAUGGGUAUGAAAAUCCUUUUCAGUGUAAUAUAUGUGGAUGCAAAUGUAAAAAUAAGUAUGAUUUUGCCUGUCAUUUUGCAAGAGGCCAACAUAACCAACACUGAAAACAAUCAACAUUAUUUUCACUUUGGCCUUUGGGGGUUUAUAGCUUGGUUUUUGUUUGGGGUCAUCCCUAAUAAGGUAUUUACUAAUUUAUAAAAUAUAAAUUUGAUAGUGAAAAAAGUUUUUGUUAACUUUUCAUAAAAAUCUGGUCAGGGUUAUUUAUGCAUUAGGAUAGUUAGACACAUUAAUAUCUUCUAUUUCAUUUAGACCUAUGAAAAUUGAAGUACAAUCAACGUCUUAGCAGGUGUUAAGUUUCCUGCAUUUAUGGUCCAUAAAGACUUCAAGGUUUAUCUGUACUCUUGAUAUUUCACUAUAUUACAUAACUGCUAAAUAUUAUUUAUGCCAUAUUUCAAAAAUGUUAGAACAAAUUUUUCUCUCAUAAUGUUACAGCCUAUUUCGGUGUUUGUAGAGAAACUGCCUUUAAAAUUGUCUCAAUUAAAAUGCUGUUUUAAUUCUCAUAA